AUGGAAUAUUCAGGCAUUGAAUUCAAUGACUUACCUGAUGAAAUCCUUAUGGUUGUUUUCAAAAAACUCAACAAUCUUGAUGUACUUUUUUCUUUACAACGUAUUAAUCAGCGAAUAAAUAAAAUUAUUCACGAUCCAUUUGUUACAAAUUGUUUGAUUUUUUUUAAAUGGUUUUCCGAUAGUUUUAUUGAUCUAAUUUGUUGUGAUAUGAUACUUGGUCGAUUUUGUUUACGCAUUUUACCAGAAAUUCAUGAUAAAAUCAAAUGGCUUGGUCUCAAAUCAUCAUCUAUGAAACAUAUUUUAUGUGCUGCCCCAUUAUCCUAA